ACAGCCGCGGCGCUCUGAUUGGCCGGUUUCGCGGAUGGGGCGGAGCCGUGGACGCUGUUUUUCUCGCUGCGGGUCGGAGGCGGACGUCAGUUUUGCAGGCGACCAGCCGGCAGCGCCCCCGUGCGGCACAGCAGAAGAAGCGUCCGAGGAUAGGGAGCCAUACGAACGGCCGAGCUUCUCGCCUCCUCCCGUGCGACGUGGGUCCCCCCAGCUCAGCUGUCCGAUGCGGAGUGAGGAUGAGUCCCGCUCUGGAAGCCCUCAUGCAGGCGGACGGGACUCCGUAUCCCGGGAAAGGGGUAAUGCUUGAGCCCUUCGUGCACCAGGUAGGGGGCCACUCCUGCGUGCUGCGGUUCGGGGAGCAAACUAUCUGCAAGCCCCUCAUCCCCCGGGAGCAUCAGUUCUACAAGAGCCUACCCGCAGAGAUGAGGAAGUUCACCCCACUGUAUAAAGGUGUAGUUUCAGUCAGUUUCGAGGAAGAUGAGGAAGGGAACCUGUGCCUCAUCGCCUACCCCCUCCACAGCGAAUCAGGGGACCUGGAAAACAAAGACCCCUCAGCAGACUGCGAGCCCAAGAGCAAGAUGCUAAAGUGGAGCAAGAAGAAGCAGUCCACUUUGCUUCUGGAGAAUGACAACUACAGCAAAGACAGAGCUCGAAACAGCCGUAAAGAAGACAAGAUCAUGAGUUAUAAUCGUGAUGAGGUGGUGGUGCAGCAGCAGCAACAGGCGGAGGUUCUUUACUUCAGCCUGGACAAAGGCAAUGUGGUCCCACAGAUCAAACACAACCCCUGGAGCCUCAAAUGCCACCAGCAGCACUUACAGAGGAUGAAGGAGAAUGCAAAGCACCGUAACCAAUACAAGUUUAUCCUUUUGGAGAAUCUAACAUGGCGCUACACAGUACCAUGUGUCUUAGACUUGAAGAUGGGAACUCGCCAGCAUGGGGAUGAUGCAUCAGAAGAGAAGAAAGCCAAUCAGAUCCGCAAGUGUCAACAGAGCACAUCAGCCUCUAUUGGAGUGCGACUCUGUGGCAUGCAGGUGUACCAGUCAGACUCAGGCCAGCUGAUGUUCAUGAAUAAGUACCACGGUCGUAAGCUAACCCUGGCAGGCUUCAAGGAGGCCCUGUACCAGUUCUUCCACAAUGGGCGCCGCUUGCGCCGAGAGCUGUUGUCCCCCGUGCUGCGCAGACUUCGGGAAAUGCAGGCUGCCCUGGAGGCCUGCGAAUCAUACCGCUUCUACUCCAGCUCCUUGCUCAUCAUCUAUGAUGGAGACCCUCCCAGGACUCCCACCAGACCUAGACACCGUGGUGGUGAAGAAGGUGAUGAAGACGAACCAUCAGAUGAAGAUGAGGAGGAAGAAGAUGAGGAGGAGGAGGAAGAAGAGGAGGGGGCCUUUGAUUUCCCUUGUUCUUCAGCAGGUGGCAGUGCCAGUGUGGCUGCAGGGAGCAGCAACAGUGGUAGUAGUCGUUCCUCCCAUAGCACAGGAGAGGCCAGCAGCCCUGUGGUGGACGUGCGCAUGAUUGACUUUGCUCACACCACUUGUCGGCACUAUGGCGAAGACAGUGUGGUGCAUGAAGGCCAGGACAGUGGUUUCAUCUUCGGCCUGCAGAACCUGAUUACCAUCAUCUCCCAGCUAGAGGAUCACAGUACUGAUUGAAGCUGCACUGGAGCCAACAUGAUCUGAAUUUCAAGCCUGGGGAAAAAGCUCAGUGAGCUGCAGCCCUGCUUCUUCAAGGCGCAUCGUCCUUAUGCCCAAAUGGGGUUCUGACCCUCCUCUGCUCGGGGUGAACAUCAGACACCUCAGGGUGUGGGGAGAGCCGGUGUGGCCGUUGUGCACUCUCCCUUAACUGCCAGAGGACAGGGCUGCCUGUGCCUUUCUUGCACUUUUCUCAUUCUGGGACUGCUCCUUUCUUCUGCUAUACAUGGCAGCAAAAGUGUUGUACGAGGCGAAGGUCUCCCAUCAAACACCAGGACUCCUGUAGCAUUCUAGGUCUCUCCUCCCCCCUCUGGUACAGACACGAUUCUUUAUUGUUAAGUUCCUUCUGAGAGAGACGGAGCGAGGCAGAGAUAACUGAAGCUCGAGUGUAGUUCCCUAGGAGCCUGACGUGGUGCUUUACCUGUGUUAUUACAUAACUUUUUAGAUGAAGUUUGGACUGCCAGUACUCUACAGCACAGCACAUUAUUGGCGG